UCUCCGUCUCCCUCCCUCCCUCACCUGUACCUUGCGCCGUCGCAUGCCCUGACCCGGUGGUUGUUCUCUGUCCCCGAGAAAGUCUACCGCCCACCGCCCCAAUUGACUGACCGACCUCCCUCCGCAUCUCCGUGACCCAACUGCGUCCCCCCGCAUUGGACAUCGAGACUGGGAACUACCACCCCGGCACUAUCAAAACCACCUCCUGUCAUUACUGCUCGCUCGUCGCUUGCUAGGACAGCACCGAAUCUUACCCCCUUAACACCCGAUCCAUACCAUCUGCACCUGUUUCGUUCGAUCCAUCGUGACCGCGGCUCGGUGUUGAGAUACCCAUAAUGUUUCGCGCACAGCAGAACGCCUUCGACGAUGCCGUCGCCAAGGCGACCGACGAGAACCUGACUUCGGAGAACUGGGAAUAUAUUCUGGAUGUUUGUGACAAGGUUGGCGCGGAAGAGUCGGGACCGAAAGAUGCCGUCGCGGCGAUGAUCAAGAGACUUGCGCACAGGAACGCCAACGUGCAGCUAUAUACUUUGGAGUUGGGAAACGCCCUGGCUCAGAACUGCGGCCCGAAGAUACACCGUGAGCUGGCGUCCAGGAGCUUUACAGAUGCGCUUCUUCGUCUGGCGAGUGACCGGAACACCCACCAGCAGGUCAAGUCCAAGAUUCUCGAGCGGAUGCAGGAAUGGACGGAAAUGUUCGCGAGCAACCCGGAUUUUGGAAUCAUGGAGCAGGCAUACAUGAAGUUGAAGACUCAGAACCCGAACCUGCAGCCUCCGUCGAAGCCCGUUAAGAAGGAAAUCACCGAUGUCGAUCGCCAGAAGGAGGAGGAGGAGCUGCAAAUGGCUCUGGCGCUUUCGAUCCGGGAAAAGGCCACGAUAGGUCCCGUGGCAGCCUCCGCGGUGCAACCUGAAGCCAGCUCCAGCGCCAGCCCCAGUGCCGCCCCAGUCGCCCAGACACAGCCGCCCGCAUCGCAACCAGUCCCGUCGGGGACUUCCGCUGCUACUGUCUCGCGGGUCAGGGCAUUGUUCGACUUCCAGCCCUCCGAGUCCGGUGAGCUGCAGUUCCGCAAGGGUGACGUCAUCGCUGUUCUGGAGUCCGUGUACAAGGAUUGGUGGAAGGGGUCUCUGCGAGGCCAGACGGGAAUCUUCCCUCUCAACUACGUCGAGAAGCUGCCCGACCCGACGGUGGAAGAGCUGCAGCGGGAGGCCCACAUGGAAUCCGACGUGUUUGGCCAGAUCAAGAACGUUGAGAAGCUGUUGACUCUGCUCAGCACUCGCAGCUCCGAGCUCAACGUGCAGGACAACGAGGAGAUCACGGCUCUGUAUCACUCGACGUUGGCUAUUCGACCCAAACUGAUUGAGCUGAUUGGAAAGUACUCGCAGAAGAAGGAUGAGUUCACGCAGCUCAAUGAGAAGUUCAUCAAGGCUCGCAGAGAUUACGAGUCUCUUCUGGAGGCAUCCAUGGCACACCCGACGCAGCCCCAGUUUGGCCGACCGGCUCAACCUCCGUAUGCCUACCCUGGGGUCGCAGCCCCGGGAUACCCCCAGGGACCGCCACCCCAGGUCGAUCCUCAACGUUACUUCAGUCCCCGUCCUCAAGACACGCAACCCCCCCAGCCCAACGCCGCCGCAUUCUAUGGUGCCGAGCAAGCCAACGUCUAUCCUCCCACCUCGCAGUCCCCGGACCCCCGUCGCACGCCUCCUGUCGGACCCCCCUAUCCCCAGCAACGCCAGUCCUCCGCCGAGUCCUACCAGCCAGUUCAUCACCGUCCGGAAUCCACAUACGACAACCCUCAAGAACUAGGCACCUCGGUUUACGACUCCCCGGUGGAACAACACCCGCCCGGAGCCCAGCAUGCCACCCGACCCCCGGCGGGCGCCACCCCAGUCCACCCCGCGCAGCCUCCCUACCCGUCCCAGCAACCGCCCAUGCACCAGCCCCCGCCUGUCCCAGGCACGUCCACCACCCCGACGCCCUACCCUGCCCUGAACACCGGCGCAGGGGCCUAUCAGGCAUACAACCCAUCGCAGACCGAUGUGUCGAACCCCGCUUCCUACUACCGGUGAACGUCGCGGGAGACGGGUCGCGAUGUCCGAACGUGUACCAUUCAUUGCAUUGGCUUCGGUUAGCUUGCUUGUGGUGAGAUGCUACGUCAUCUCCCUGCCGGGCUUGGUUGGGGAAGGGGACGGAUGUGCUAUUAGCGUGAUUUCUCUCACUUCGGUUCUGGUUCAUUGACCAUACGGUCGAUUCGGGUGGGGUGCUGAGACUGGGGAAGAUACUUGUGAUUUAAUGGUAAUGCAAGAACUGAAUUCC